CGUCUUUUCCUACCAUCUUUCACAUCGUACGUUACUCUGACACCUCUCCCAUUUCCCUAUCCGCCUUUGCAAACAACCAUGCCUACCUUGACACCUUUCAAAAGAUCCUCGCCGUCGAUGCACCUGAUCCAACAACGACUCCAAGCUCGCCAAUUCUCGUCGCUGCCUCUGAUCAACGUUUCUAAUAAUAAAAAAGAUUCCACUGCCAGCUCUUUCAUAAAAUGGAUCUCGGGUGUCGCUGUUGGUUCGAGCUUAGGAUUAGUCUACUGGUACUCAACUUCAUCUUCGGAUUGGAGUUCUGCUUUUUUCAAGAAACCCUUUUUGUCUUUCGCAGACUGGUCAACGGAAACUGCUGAAUCUACCCGUGAUGGCUCAAGAAACGCGUUUCGUAAACGAGCCCUCCCUGACUAUAGCUCUACGUUCAUCUUCGGAGAUGUGUUUAGAAGGAAGGUUUUCUUUAACUAUGAGAAGCGGUUAAGAUUGCGGAGUCCACCGGAAAAGGUUUUUGAGUAUUUUGCGUCUUUCCGAACUCCAAAAGGAGAAUUACUCAUGAGACCAGCUGAUUUAAUGCGAGCAGUUGUUCCUGUUUUUCCUCCAUCUGAAUCCCACCUUGUUAGAGACGGUUAUUUGACAGGGGAAAGGAGUCCUGGCGAGUUACGUUGUGAUCCUUCAGAGUUUUUCAUGCUUUUUGAUAUGAACAACGAUGGACUUAUAUCUUUCAAAGAGUACAUAUUUUUUGUAACAUUACUCAGCAUACCCGAGUCUUGCUUCUCCAUAGCAUUCAAAAUGUUUGAUGUAGACAACAAUGGGGAGAUUGAUAAGGAAGAAUUUAAGAAAGUGAUGGCUUUGAUGCGAGCCAAUAAUAGACAAGGGUCAGUCCACAGGGAUGGACUUCGUGUUGGGUUAAAAGUCACUGGAUCUGUGGAGAAUGGAGGUCUGGUGGAGUACUUUUUUGGAAAAGAUGGAAAGGCAUGCCUCCAACAUGACAAAUUUGUUCAAUUCAUGCGAAAUUUACAAGAUGAGAUACUGAGAUUGGAGUUUAAUCAUUAUGACUACAAAAGCCGAGGAACCAUAUCAGCUAAGGAUUUUGCAUUAUCCAUGGUUGCUUCUGCUGAUAUGAGUCAUUUAGGCUCACUGCUUGAGCGGGUUGAUGAAUUAAAUGACAAGCCAUAUCUUAGGGAGAUUCAAAUCAACUUGGAUGAAUUCAAACAUUUUGCUGAGCUACGUAGAAAAUUGCAGCCAUUUUCUGUGGCUCUUUUUAGUUAUGGGAAAAUUAAUGGUCUACUGACAAAGGAUGACUUCAAACGAGCAGCAUCUCACGUUUGUGGCAUAUCACUUACAGACAAUGUUGUUGAGAUCAUUUUCCAUGUGUUUGACACCAACCGUGAUGGAAAUUUAAGCUCGGAUGAGUUUAUUAGAGUUUUACUCAAGCGAGAAAAGGAUAUUGCUCGCCCUGUCGAGUCAGGAAUCGUGGGACUUUUAUCUUGCUGCUGGAACUGUUCAAAUAAUAGCUGCAUUGGGCGACUGGUUUUCAUUGCUGCUUCAGAAUAUGCUUGUGAGUUGAAGCUGGGAAAAUAGCUGGUGAUCAACUAAUCAAAGGUAUAAUCAGUUAUUUAACCUUGUGGCUAGAACUGAUCUAAUUGCAUCGCCUCGUUUCCUAACUGAUUGGGGUACAUCUGCAUUGAAGUUUACUCAUUGGUCUCUCUCGAGGUCAGAAGCUGUUGCAAAAUCGUGAUAAGAAGAAGUUUGUACAAGUGGUUUGUGUUGUAUAUUCCCUGCAUAGACUUUGUCUUGGCUCUUUUUGCUUCCCCUUAACUCGUUAUUACAGACCACAAAACUGUAUAGUUGAUUGUUUCUUAUAGUUUGUAAAUGUUGUUCUCGUCCUCAUCUCUGAACUUGGAUUGCACAAUUAUUCAUUCUUUUCCUUUUUUGGA